CUAACUCACUGCCCUGAGAGCUUAGUGCAUCGUGAUGAAAGAAGGGCGGGUGAGCCAGAGGAAGAAUGUUAACGUGCGGCAGCAGGAAGAGUGAGAGAGCUUAAAAGGGAUGCCGAGGGAGGAUGAAGAGGAGGAUACGGUUGCCUAGAAACAGCAGAGUGGAAACCUCCACACUGGCCAGUGCGUGAGUACAUAUUAAAAAUAAACACUCCCGAUGAUGAAUUGAAGGAACGUGACGAAGAAGAGAAGGGAGAAACGUGCUAUCCUGGAGCCAUUCGGUUCUAAAGAGGAGGCUGGUUUGAUUACAUAACCAGCAUAUGGAUGACAUCAUCAUUGCAGGAUUACAGGAGGCGUGGCUUUAGCAGAGAGGAUACUACGCAGAGGUGACAAACAGAAGGAUUUUUUUUCCUGCUCUUUUUUGUGGGAGGUCAUCCAACAAGUAGAGAUGUCAGCUAGCAUGGAUUUAACAGCUGGCCGUUCCCGCUUGUAAAAAGGACCGCUCCCAGACGCCUGCCGGGGAUGCUCGGCCGUCUUUGAAGGCGCAUUGUUGUCAUCGCAUCACACGGGCGCUUGUCUUCUAACGAGCCAAUUCUCAACCAAGCUGCAGACGCCAUGGGGACAGCCGAGGCCACUUUACGCAUGGACAGCAUGGAGGUGAAGGACGAGUGGCAGGAUGAGGACUUCCCCAGGCCUCUCCCAGAAGAUGGCGAUUCCUCGUGUGGCCUGACGGACAACAGGACCACCAACCCCCCCAGUAGUCUGAAUGUGGGAGGCUCCACCGGGGACCAGUCCAAGCGGCGCACGCUGACCGCCCCCGACAUGAACCUAUCGCUGGAGCACAGCGAGGGCUCGCUGCUCUCGGACGACCUGGACAUCAACGUGGAUGACAUCGAGACCCCCGACGACACCGACUCGCUGGACUUUGCCAAUAACGGGAAUGAGCUGGAGUGGGAAGACGACACCCCAGUGGCCAGCGCCAAGUGUCUCCCGGGCGAAGGCGAGGAGGAGAGGGACUCGUCAGGCCGCCUGUGGAGAACAGUCAUCAUCGGUGACCAGGAGCAGCGCAUUGACAUGCAGGUCAUCAGGCCGUACCUCAGGGUGGUCACGCACGGGGGCUAUUACGGAGAAGGCCUGAAUGCCAUCAUAGUGUUUGCAGCCUGCCACCUCCCAGACAGCAGCUGUGACGACUACUCGUACAUCAUGGAGAACCUCUUCUUGUACGUGGUGAGCAGCCUGGAACUGCUGGUGGCCGACGACUACAUGAUCGUCUACCUGAAUGGAGCCACGCCACGCAGGAAGAUGCCCGGCAUCGGUUGGUUGAAGAGAUGCUACCAGAUGAUUGACAGGAAAUUGAGGAAGAACCUCAAGUGUUUGAUCAUUGUUCACCCCACGUGGUUCAUCCGCACCAUCCUGGCCAUCUCCAGACCUUUCAUCAGCGUGAAGUUCCUGAGCAAGAUCCGCUACGCGCACACGCUGGACGAGCUGAGCCUGCUCAUCCCCAUGGAGCAUGUGCAGGUGCCCGAGUGCGUGCUGCAGUACGAUGACGAGAAGAUAAAAGCCAAACUGGAGCAAGAGCAGCAGAACGCCAACACGCUGCCGCCCAAAGAAAGGCCAAAGUCAACGAUGGCUGAGAUUGGGCGUGACAUGUGAGAUUCAAAGCACUUUGAGGAUGGUGAGGAUUGCCGGAGACGGGAUGGCCACACUGGAUGUGAAACAUGCAAGACAAUCAUUUGUCACUCACAUCCCGUCAAGGUUGUACUGAAAAGCUUUACUCUCUUCCUUCGCAUCAAGGGAUUGUGUAUACCUAUUUUUCAGAAGAGGGAAAAAAAUAGCUUACAUAUUUUUGUUAUGAAUGCUAUGUGGUGGAUUCAUUUGCCUCUGCGGACGAUGCAAAAGUGGCAUGCUUCUAUAAAUCCCUUUGUUUUCCGUCAUUAUUGCGUCGUUUUUUGCCGGAUGGCAAUUGUCAACAAAUGAAACUAAUUCAAAGUCUUCUUCAUAAAAAUGUGACAUGCUGUUUGUAAUAUUUAAAAAGGGGUAGUGGAGGUAUAAUAAAUAUGCUUGUCAUGCUGCA